AUGGAGCUGAUGGUGGUGUUCGGUGUGUUGAUUUGCUGUAGUGUAGCCCUAGCAGUUUGUCCGGACGAUGCCACGGAUUUAAAUUCGUGGGCGGCUACUUAUGGAACAACUCCAAGUGCUAAUAUAACCUUGACACAGCCAAUGCUUUUGGACACUUCUGUUGAACUUUUCGGACUUACUAUCGCUUCCGGUGGUCGUCUGGUAUGGAGCAGACAAGGAAAUUAUGGCCUUCGGACACACUACAUUAGAAUCCAAAAUGGAGGCGAACUUCACAUUGGAAGUCAAUUCUGCAGAUUCAAUAAGAAGGCACAUAUCACGCUUUUGGGUGAACCAGAUGAGAAGUUGAACAUUCCUGGUUUUGGAGAGAAGUUCAUCGGCGUGGAAGCAGGCGGGGUUCUAAAUCUGUAUGGAAAAGAGAAACUGUCGUGGACCAAACUGACCAAGCAUGUUCAUAAAUUCGAUAAAACAAAAGCUGAAAUUUACAAUCACAGGGAGGAGCCCAAUAUCUUUAGAAAUCAUGGUCUCUACAUAUACCACUUCAAGGAAGAAUAUCCGGCGAACUUUGACAUUGAAAACGACCCUGGUCUUAUUAAAGUCAAUAGUAUUUAUAGAAAGUUAUCAUCUGGUGACCAGAAUUACAUCAACACGGCUAUGGAGGACCUCGUAAACUUCAUCAACACUAUACCUGAUGGUGACAUAUAUGCCAUCGCCACACAGAGACACUUUCUACGUGAUUAUAAGGACUACACUAUGCUGUAUGAUGCAAUCGAUGGCCUCGGAACAAACUCUCUCAGAACAGUUGAAAGCGAUGAUGCCUACGUCGCUGUAGGCAAAAAAGGUGACAGGAAAUCGUAUACCGAAAAACUGGUGUCAGAGAUAGGUCCAGACGGCUACGCUGAAGCUAUGGUAGUGUAUUACAAUGAAGACAGAGAACGGGAGCUGGUUGUGAGUUCUAUCAACUACUUAGAUCCAUUUAAAGGAAAGACGCAGUUUCUUGCCGUCAAUACCCUUCUGAUCAGACCUAUUAUCUCAGUCGUAGAUCAAACAUGGUCUUGGAAAACGGGUGAUAGAAUUUUCAUAACUUCUACUGAUUAUGACUGGAAACAAGUGGAGGAAUUCACCAUCAUCCCCUGUAAGAGUCCCCUGUGUUCCCCUACCACUGUUAGACUCGACCAUCCCGCUGAAUAUGACCAUUAUGGAGAAAUCUAUAAAAGAGUAGAUAUGAGAGCGGAAGUGGGCCUUAUGACAAGAAAUAUUCUUAUUGACGCUGAAGUUUCAGAGGGAAAUAAUAAUGGCGGACACAUAAAGUUUUUGUACGGAUUUAAGGACGUAAGAGUGGAGGGGACAGAAAUCACGAAUAUGGGUCAUCCACUGAUUUUAGGCAGGUACCCCCUGCAUUACCACAUGUGUGAAGACCUAGGCAAUAGGACUUUGUACGCUAGGCAGUCUGUCAUUCGCAAAAAUUCCAUCCACCAUACUCAGUUCCGAUGUGUGACAAUCCACGGCACACAUAGUGCCAGGCUUCUCGAUAAUGUUUGCUAUGACACCGUGGGUCAUGGCUUUUUCCUGGAAGACGGCGGAGAGAAACAUACAUACUUCCGGGGCAAUUUAGGUUUGGGACAACGUGACUUUGAGGGGACACCAGUGCUUGGACAGACAGGAGCUAUUCCAACCGACCAGGGUAAAGGACCUGUCACGUUUUGGAUCACCAAUCCUAUCACUUCUGUUAUAAACAAUGUGGCAGCCGGUAGCCAGGGUAUUGGGAUGUGGUUUACUUACCCCGAUUUACCAACUGGACCGUCCAGAACGAAGAAUUUCAUGCAAGAAAAGGAAGCGCGUCGCACAAAAAUAAAGCUAUUUAAAAACAACGUUUUUCAUUCAAAUGCAAAUAGCGGGCUGUUUGUUGACAACAUAGAACACGACAAUCUGACAGUCAGUGGUUACAACAUGUAUAAUCCAAUAGAGAAUCCCAAAGACCUUUCAUCGAAGCCUGUUCCGGCCGUGUUCGAAAGAAUUACUGCAUACAAGAAUAGGGUGCAGAACGCAUGGAUUCGAGGGACUCCAAUGAUCGUUACAGAUUCAUCGUUUGCAGACAGCUUAAGUGCGGCAAUAGUCAUCAAGGAGAGUGACAUAUGGGUGGAAUUCAGUAAUAAUGUGGUACUAGGGUAUACAGAUAAUCUGGGGAGUCCCAAGUCGGGGUACACCAGGUCCUUCCCUAACUUUCCGUCGAAAGAUGUUGUAGGAUACCGAUUUAAUAAAGGACCUGUAUUUGUGAUGAACACUUGGUUUGAUGAUUUCACUUCAACCUCCAUAUAUCAGGCAUCGGCUCUGACCAACAAACUGUGUUUCUCGCAUAUGAAUGCACAAAAUCAAGUUAAAAACUUGUUAUUCGGAUACAACGAUGGACCUGAUAAUAGGUUCAGAUUUCGCCAAAAUGACCAGUGUACAACUGCGGCUGAUGCAAUGUUCUCUCUGAAAGAUAUCGGUAAUGAUUUGACCGGAAGUAGUGGACCUAAUGACGUAACUUUGGUGUUGAAUAUCCCUUUUCAUGUCACCGGUCAGUGUAAAGUGAGGAAUUCUUGGAAUAUUGCUUACUGCCCUUAUAAUUAUGGCGAGAUACAAGCUAUUUAUCCAUCAAACGAAAAACUGAGCGUUUACAGAGUGGAUGGCGAUUCUCCGCAGAAGAGAGACUUGUUAAACAAAGAAUUCCUCGCCAUUCUCGGCCAAAAUGGCAACAAUUUUCUAUAUUUAAUGGUGUUUGAAAAUGGCAUGCCUGCUGCUGUUCAUUUUGAAGGAAGAUCGGUUACAAAGUCAGACACCGCGGUGAUGGCCUACUGUAUCCCUAGGGACAGUGUCUUAUCAGUCGCUUACAAACUUGACGAGGACAGAAGGCCUACUGAACUGGUCAACACACUGGACGAGGUUCUCGGUGAUACCGAAGGAGGAAAAUUCUUCUUUGACAGACAAGUGGGUGCCAUCUUCUUUAAAAUGAUACAUGUUGUUGAUUAUGCGCCUGGAGAAAAGGCAUCAUGUCCCUCGGGUCAUUGUCCUAGAAUCCUCGUCCGUAUCGUCAGCGGCAAUAUGGCUGACACCGACUGUUCCAGCAGGUUCUUUGCUGAGCCUUUCUAUCAAUAUUCCGAAAAGGGAAGUCCAACAGUUGAUAAUAACCUUCUACAAGCCACAGCUACAGAACCGCCGGAGAACUGGGGUGCUGGAUCAACAUAUCCACAGCCAUAUUAACACCAGAUCAACACCAGAUUACUUGUCCGGAUGAAAAAAAGAACAAGAUAUAUAAACAACUGAUAAAGAAGCCAUCUUCCCUUAUAUAAAACAAUAAAAAAUAAAUAUGAUAUUUUUUAUUUGGUUGUGUACUCAAUAUACCUAAAGCAGUAUGAUUUUGAAAAUUGCAGUACAUUUGUAUUUGAAAACCUCAGAGAACAGGAUAAAAAAAAUAAAUGUC